AUGAGCAGCCUUUUAAAGAAAAGAGAGCAAAUUAUUAAUAAAACAAAAAACACAAACAAUCCUUCAGACAGCAACAGUAAUGUAAAAAACAAGGUUGUUAAAAAAACAACUCCAAACAAUAAAAGUAAUAAUGAUGCUAAAUUAAUUAAAAAAACUGAAGAUAAAAAGAAAAUAAUAAAAGAAAAAGCUACAGUAUCCGAAGACACAGCAGAACCAAAUACAGUAGCAGAGGAUAUUGAUUUAGAUUCAUUAUUUAAUAAAAAAAAAGAAAAAAAGAAAGAGAUCAAAAUAUUGGAAGAAAAAAAAAAAGAGAUUAAAGAAAAAGAAAAUAAAAAGAAAUCAAAGGAUAUUGGCAGUAGUGCUAGUGCUAAUAACGACGAUGACUUUUUCGAUAGCAGAGGUUUAAAUAUUAAAGAAAGAAAAUUUGUAGAUGGUUUACCUGUUUUCACUGAAGAGGAGUUAGGUCUUCAUGUUAAAGCAAAACCAGGAAGUAUGUCAUUAUAUUACGUAUUAUAA